ACAAUCAUCCCAUCUCUGUCGCUGACCUUUCUUUCCCAGUUCCCACACACACACACACACACACCCACACCCACCCAACCUCAUCUCUCUGUUUAUAAUUUACUGCUCACUACUACUCCACUUCACUCUUUAUCUCUACGUAAUUUCUCAUACUCUCCGACAUAUAUGUAACUCGGCAACAACAAAGGGAACUGAACGUCGUUCGUCUACCCCAAUGGGUCGGUCUCCAUGUUGCGAUAAAGUAGGGUUGAAGAAAGGCCCCUGGACGCCUGAAGAAGAUCAGAAGCUCCUGGCUUAUAUUGAAGAACAUGGCCAUGGAAGCUGGCGGGCCUUGCCCGCCAAAGCUGGGCUUCAGAGAUGUGGGAAGAGUUGCAGAUUGAGGUGGACUAAUUAUUUGAGACCUGAUAUCAAAAGAGGCAAGUUCAGUUUACAAGAAGAGCAAACUAUCAUUCAGCUCCAUGCUCUUUUAGGAAACAGGUGGUCGGCCAUAGCCACUCAUUUGCCCAAAAGAACAGACAACGAGAUCAAGAAUUACUGGAACACCCAUCUCAAGAAAAGAUUAGACAAAAUGGGUAUCGACCCGGUGACCCACAAGCCCAAAAAUGACACCCUGGUCGCCAGUGAUGGCCAGUCCAAGAACGCUGCUAAUCUCAGCCACAUGGCUCAGUGGGAAAGCGCUCGCCUCGAAGCCGAAGCCAGAUUGGUCAGGCAGUCCAAACUCCGACCCGGCUCGUCUACUUCCUAUCAGACUCAGAGCUCAGAAUUCGCCUCCACUUCAAGCCCCGUCCAGAAGCCAGCCGGGCCGUCUCGAUGUCUCGACGUGCUGAAGGCGUGGAAUGGCGUCGUGUGGGGAAAGGCAAACGAAGCUGCUGGUGCCAGUGGGGGUGUUUCGGCGGUUGGAACCGGGGGCGACCUGGAAUCACCGACGUCGACGCUCAGCUCCGCCGCGGGAGUAGGAGAGAGCUCCACCGCUUUUGUCGAGCUGGUGAGAAACUCAUCUGGAACAUGUGACGGCGGCGGAACCAUGAAAGACGAAAGCGAAGGAGAGUGGAAGAAUCUGACGGAGUACAGAGACGGGAUUGGGAUUUCGACUCCAUUCCCAUCAGAAUUGCAGGAGACGUCUUUCCCAUCAGCGUGGGAGCCGGAAUCCAUGAGAGGGAACUCUACCGAACAUGUUCCCUGUGGGAAUUUCGUCGAAAAGUUUACCGACCUCUUGCUCAGUAAUUGCUCGGGUGACCGUCGGUUCUCGGACGACGGCGGAGAGUCGGAUAACGGCGGCGGCAGUGAUUAUUAUGAAGAUAACAAGAAUUAUUGGAACAGCAUUCUGAAUCUGGUGAAUUCUUCGCCCUCUGAUUCGCCAAUAUUUUAAUUAGGGAUGGACGUGUUAUAAACUAUGUAAUGUGUAGAGUGUUCUUCUUCCUCUUCGUCUUUGGGAUUGUGUUGGAUCGGAGCUCCUUAGUCUUCUCAUCUGCAUUCUCCAUACUUAAUUAGCUCCACUUCAGUUACUUCCAAAUGUAAUCACUCUUUCUCUAAUAUCGUUUUCUCCCAUAAUCA